AUGUCGUCUCCAGCGCCAGGCGGUUUCCUGCAGCACCAAGCUUUCUCUCCGACACCAUCAGCGACCGCAUCAUCGAGCUCCGCAUAUGCUCUGCCUCACCCACGUGCACGACCGCUAAAGGCGGGGGGCCCGAAAGAAUCAGCUUUCAUCCGAUAUGUGGACGACAGCAUCCUUCACAUACAACGCCAAUUCGCGAAGAGGGAUAACGAAGCUGCACUCGGGCCUGAAGACAGAGGUUACGCGAGCUUUGGAGAAGCCGCGAAGGACAUUGAGCGGUUGCUGGAUAUCAUUUGGGUAUCUGGAACGCCGGGUUUGCAAGUACCUUACCUACUGUCGCUUGCGCUUCUCACCACGACCUUCGUUUCUGGCUUUCCUCCUUCGCCAAAGGCCAUGUUCCGUCUACUGGGCAAGCUGGAUCGUGCAUUCGCAUCACUCCUACAAGGCAGGGACGUAGAAACAGGAGAGCCUUUACCAGGCUCAGAGCGUGGAGCGGUCGUCAGUUCUACGCAAAAAGUCAGGAUAAAGAGCAUUGUUGAGCGAACUAGAUUGUGUGUCAUUGAAGUGAUGAACAACAAAGAUUUCGACUAUACUACGGAAGACGAGCCAGAGACAGGAGAUGAAGAUGGGAUCGAUGAUCUCGACGACGAUGUUGUAGACGGAGGAGCAGGCUGGGAGAUGGAGAUUGCUAAGGUCUAUGAUAGGACUAUCGUGGAGCUUGGGGAUGCUAUUGGUGGUCCACCAAUUGGUAUUUUCGGCGAUGAAUGA